AAAUAAUGCGACUCUUUCUAUUUCUUAACUUGCUUUCCUCCGCAAUAUUCAAACUAUCAAUAUAUUCACAAAUUUCAUCUCACAUUUGUCUGGCGCCCCAACACACAUACAUUUCAUCAUCCUGUAUGAUCCUUAACUUCCAAAACAGAAUCACAAAAUACAACAAUGCUGGGCCCCUCAAUGUUAUCGCCUGCGCAAAAGUACGCAGCUGGCGGAUUAUUCGCGCUCUCUCUAAACCAAGUUCUCAUCAAUAAGACUAAUCCGCUCUCUUCCAUCACCGAUGACAACGAUUACGGCCCUGACGUAAUAAACAGUUCAUUUGUCGAUCCUGUGCUCUGGCUCCAACAUUAUUCUCACCUUCUUCGCCUUAUCUUCAAGUCUUUGGAUAUCGAAGAGAAAGCUUGGCCGGGACUUGAGGAAGCUUUCAGGAACGAUUCGUCAAGUCGGAAUGUCAAAGCUUUCUUGAGAUUGCUGGCGGAGGAUAGCAAUGAUGAUUCUACAGAAAUCAAGGAACAGGAGCUUGCAUUGAUGAAAGCUGUUGAUAAUGUGGCAAUAGAGCUUCGCGCUUCUGUUGAUUACAGAUCUAAGAAGAAGAAACAUCGUGAAUACAUAGAUGAAUGUCGGGAGAAGUUACUAUCCGACGCUCAAUCGAGUUAUGAGAAGGAACAGAAGGGCCUUCAUGAUCCACUUAAUGAAUGUGAAGAUGAACGUCAAGAACUAUUGUCUGGGGAGACUAAAUAUAAUUUCGAUAUGGAAACUAAGGCCCUUCUCGAUCCAGUUGAUGACGAGGCCAGAAAAGCUAGCAUAGAUGUGGCGCCUAUAGGUUCUGGCAGUACAUUUAAUCAACAGCCCUUUGAAGAGGUAUUAAUGAUUAGUUACCAGAAGAAAGUGUCGCUUCUGCACCAACUUCUAUCAGCUUGUUUGGCUGCAACUUCUGAAACUGACAGUCAAUCUGUCCGACGACGAAGUGGCUAUGAUGCUCGACAUCGUGUGGGCUUGCGUUUGUUGACAGCAUGGUUAAACAUCAACUGGAUUACAAUGGAAGCCAUUGAGACUGUCAUUGCUACAUCAGCAAUAGCCAGAUUGAAAGUGGAAGAGUUAAAGGACCCAGAAACACAGGGCGAAAAAGAUGCUUGGGCUAAUUGGAAGCGCGGAAGUAUGAUUGGUGCAGCUGCAUUAACUGGAGGGACCAUAUUUGCUGUAACUGGUGGUUUAGCUGCUCCGGGAAUUGCUGCAGGAUUUGGUGCUUUAACACCAGUGAGCUUGCAUGUUGCUGCUACUGCUGCUACAACCCAUCUUGCAGUGGCUGCAUCACUAGGAGCUGCUGGAGCGGGACUGUCAGGGAUGAAAAUGGCUAGUAGAAUAGGAAAUCUAGAGGACUUUGAGUUCAAAGCCGUUGGGGAACACCACGACCAGCACCGGCUUGCAGUUGAAAUCUUAGUCUCAGGAUUUGUUUUCGUGGAAGAAGAUUACAUAAGGCCUUGGGAAGGACAAGCCAAUAACUCAGAAAGGUAUGCGCUGCAGUGGGAGUCCAAGAAUUUGAUUGCUGUAAGCACUGCAAUACAGGAUUGGCUAACGACACAACUUACAAUUACUGCAAUGAAACAAGGAGCCAUGCUGACUGUAGCACACACUCUUGUCAGUGCACUGACCUGGCCAACUGCAUUACUCAAUGUUCUCGAUCUCAUUGACAGCAGAUGGUCAAUUGCCAUAGACAGGUCUGAUCAGGCUGGAAUGUUACUCGCCGAAGAAGUUCUGUUGAAGGGAUUGCAAGGACAAAGGCCUGUGACACUAAUCGGAUUUUCGCUUGGAGCAAGAGUAAUCUUCAAGUGUCUCGAAACUCUGGCUAAAUCUGACUGUGACGCUAGCCUUGUGGAAAGAGUUGUUCUCCUUGGUUCGCCUCUUUCUAUUAAAGGUGAAAACUGGGAAGAAGCAAGGAAGGUCGUAGCUGGAAGAUUUGUCAAUGCAUAUUCUACCAAUGACUGGAUGCUUGGAGUCGUCUUUCGUGCUAGUCUCCUCAGCAAAGGUUUAGCUGGAAUGCAACCAGUCGAUACCCCUGGAAUUGAAAAUAUCGACGUAACAGAAUUCGUGGAGGGCCACUCUUCAUACCUUUGGACUACUCAACGUAUAUUGGAAAAGAUUCAACUGGAUGCUUAUUUUCCAUCACCGGACGCCACCUUUAUGGAUAAUGAUAAUGAUUCAGUAAAAUCUUGUACAACUACAGCAAGGUCUUCUCCAACUGCAGCAAAGUCUGCUCCAAGUACGGCCUAUAAUUCUGCAGAGUCUUCUCCAACUGAGGCAGGCAAAAGUGCCUGGGAUGAGUAGAAACUUGACUCUUGCCAAGGUUUUCACUCAGACUGUAGCACAAAGUUUAUUUAUUUUGUAUAUACACACCAUUCAUAAAUCAUGAACAAGUUUCUAUUUUCCAAAUUAACUGAGCUGCCAGCAUCAAGGAACCUUUGGAAGCUUUAGAACAGCAACCGAUGCGGGGUGUUCAUUCUUCUCUCACAAAUUAUUUCAUACAGUGUCAUAUAUUUUGUAUUUCGUUAACUUGAAUCCAUAUAUGGAAACAAAAAUGUCCAAAUGUUAAGAAG